GUGGACCUGAGUCUCUGUCUUUCUCUCUGAAGAAAAACCAGUUCAAGAGCACACCAGGCCUUUCUCCACGACACAGCAUCUCUCACGAACACUGUGUGUAGAUAUGGCUGCAGCCAGCUGUGUGCUCUCUGAGGAUCAGUUUCUCUGCUCCAUCUGUCUGGAUGUCUUCACUGAUCCUGUCAGCACACCAUGUGGACACAACUUCUGCAAAAACUGCAUCACUGAAUAUUGGAAUAUCAACGUCCCAGUGCAGUGUCCAAUUUGUAAAGAGAUUUUUACCACAAAACCUGAGCUGCAUGUCAACACUUUCAUCUCCGAGAUGGUCGCUGAGUUCAGGCAGUCAGCUCAACAGAAAGCCAGCAGCAGCAGCUCAGUGUCCAAACCAGGAGAGGUUCCCUGUGACGUCUGCACUGGAACCAAACUGAAGGCCCUGAAGUCCUGCCUGGUGUGUCUGACCUCCUACUGUGAGACUCAUCUGGAGCCUCAUCUGACAAAGCCAGGUCUGAAAAGACACCAGCUGAUCGACCCUGUGGAGAACCUGGAAGACAGGAUGUGUACGAAGCACGAUAAACCUCUGGAGCUGUUCUGUAAGACCGACCAGACAUGUGUCUGUACACUCUGCCAUGUAUCAGACCACAAGAUGCACGAUGUUGUUCCUCUGGAAGAAGGAUAUGAGGGAAGGAAGGUCGAGCUGGGGAAGACAGAAACUGAAAUCCAGCAGAUGAUCCAGAAGAGACAACUGAAGAUUCAGGAGAUCAAACAGUCAGUUGACCUCAGUGAGAAAGACGCAGACAGAGAGAUCGCAAAAGGUGUUCAGGUCUUCACGGCUCUGAUGGAGUCUGUUGAAAGAGGCCUGAACGAGCUCAUGGACACGAUCAAAGAGAAGCAGAAAUCAACAGAAAAUCAGGCCAAAGUUUUCAUCAAAGAGCUGGAACAGGAAAUCUCUGAGCUGAAGAAGAGAAGCUCUGAGGUGGAGCAGCUCUCAUACUCUGAAAACCACUUCCAUCCUCUCCACAAUGUCCAGUCCCUGAAAGCUGCUCCACCCACCAAGGACUGGACACAGGUCAGCAUCCGUCCAUUGUAUGAGGGGACUGUCGUAAGAGCUGUGUCUCAGCUGGAAGAGAAGAUCAGUCUAGAGAUGAAGAAGCUGCUUGAAGGUGAGCUGAAGAGAGUCCAGCAGUAUGUGGUGGAUGUGACUCUCGAUCCUGAUACAGCACAUCCCUCUCUCAUCUUGUCUGGUGAAAAUAAGAAAGUAUGUCCUGGGGAUCUGAAGAGGAAUCUCCCAGACAGCCCAAAAAGAUUUUCUCUCAAUCCUUGUGUUUUGGGAAUGCAGAGUAUCUCUACAGGCAGAUUUUACUUUGAAGUUCAAGUUAAAGGAAAAACUGCGUGGGAUUUAGGAGUGGCCAAAGAGUCGAUCAACAGGAAGGAAGACAUCCCACUGAGCCCUGAGGAUGGAUACUGGACCAUAUGGUUGAGAAAAAGUAAUAAGUACAAAGCUCUUAAUGAUCCUCCAGUCCAUCUCUCUCUGAAGUCUCCCCCUCAGAAGGUGGGGGUGUUUGUGGAUUAUGAGGAGGGUCUGGUCUCCUUUUAUGACGUAGAUGCUGCAGCUCUCAUCUACUCCUUUACUGGCUGCUCCUUCACUGAGAAACUCUUCCCAUAC